AUGGCCGAUUUCGUGGAUACCCCUGGAUCUGACGACCAGUCCCAGCGGGAGGCCCAGAUUGUUGACAGACAUUUGCCUGAGGGCUACUCGGCAGAGCCAGAGGCUGUUGCAUAUGAUGGCACACAGGAUGCGUCUGCUUCAGAGCGGAAUCUGUCACAGUCGCCGCCUGAUUUUCCCGAAUCCUCGCUUAGACUGCAGGGUGGUGAUAUGCAUCGCGAUAUCUUCAAAAUCAAAGCGCGUGCAAGUGCGCCUAGGCGUGCCAACACCUUCUCAGCCAAGCACAGCCGACCUUUGAUGAAUCCCGAUGAACUGCUGCCAGCUGAAGAUCAGCUUCAACCCGGCGGGAUGCGACGCCAUUACGUUCAAAGACACAAGGUGCAGAGAAGGCUUAGCACUGUCGCCACACCCGUUACGAGGAAUUUUGUGUCUUUUCUGGAGCUUUACGGGAGCUUUGCUGGUGAGGAUCUCGAGGAUACGGAUUCUGAUCUGGACACCGAGUCUGCUAUCGAGGAUGGAGAAGCCAGCCCCAGUGACGAAAGACGACCCCUGCUGCCUCGACGGAAGAGUUCGAAGAGGAUCAAGCGAGAGGGCGAUGCUGGCACGACAAAGACCUUCUUCACUCUACUCAAAGCUUUCGUUGGAACGGGAAUAAUGUUCCUGCCCAAGGCGUUCCGCAAUGGCGGUAUCUUGUUCUCAUCCAUGGUCUUGAUUUCCGUCUCGAUCAUCACGACACUCUGCUUUCGGCUCUUGUUGCAAUGCAGAUCGAAAUACGGCGGUGGUGGUUAUGGCGAACUUGGAGAGUCAAUCUUUGGUCCUCGAUUCCGCUCACUCAUUCUGGCCUCGAUUUGCCUUUCACAACUUGGCUUCGUCUGCGCGGGUCUUAUCUUCACGGCCGAGAACCUGCUAUCCUUCUUGAACGCCGUAGUACCGAUCGGCCAAGAACAACCAUUCGGGACCGCCGGCCUCAUUGCCAUCCAAUUCGUGCUCCUCAUCCCCUUGGCACUCAUUCGCAACAUCGCCAAGCUAGGACCCUCUGCCCUCCUCGCCGAUGUCUUCAUCCUGAUCGGCCUGGUCUACAUCUGGUACUACGACAUCUCAUCCCUGGCGACUCGAGGACCCGCGCCAAGUAUGGUCCUCUUCAACCCCUCCGCCUUCACGCUGACCAUCGGAUCUGCUAUCUUCACAUUCGAGGGAAUCGGUCUUAUCCUGCCCAUUCAGUCAUCGAUGAAGCAACCGGAGAAGUUCCCCUACCUACUCUACCUAAUCAUGUUCAUCAUCACGGCCAUCUUCACCUCGGUGGGAGCUCUCUGCUACGCAACUUUUGGAGACGAGACGAAGAUCCAGAUCAUCUCCAACUUCCCUCAGGAUAGCAAGCUCGUCAAUGCUGUGCAGUUUCUCUACUCCAUGGCCGUGCUGGUGGGCGAGCCUGUACAGCUCUUCCCCGCUGUACGUAUCAUCGAGCAGGCGCUCUUCGGCGAUCGGGCGUCCGGCAAGAAGAGCAAAACCGUCAAGUGGAAGAAGAACGCCCUCCGCAGUGCGAUGAUGAUCCUUUGCGGUAUCAUCGCCAUCUUCGGCGCUUCGGAUCUGGACAAGUUCGUGGCGCUGAUUGGAGCCUUCGCCUGUGUGCCGCUCGUCUACAUCUAUCCCCCGGUUCUCCAUCUUAGGGGCAUGGCAGAGUCGAAGACGGAUAAGGCGUACGACAUCUUCCUCAUCUGCAUUGGGGUUGUGGCAAUGGCGUACACUACGAUCAUGACGCUGAAGCAAUGGAUUGAGGGCACGCUGUGA